AUGGCGGAGGCGGCGGCAACGGCGCUCGGCGUCAUCGGGUUCCUCGGCCAGCUCUUCGACGGCUGCGUGCGGGCGUACGGCUACUUCACGACGGCGGCGCGGCUCGACCAGGACAGCGCGCGGCUCGUGUGCAAGGUGCGCAUCGAGGAGAUGCGGCUCGUCGUCUGGGGCCGCGAGUGGGGGGUCGCCGAGGGGAGGCUCGAGCGCGAGAGCACGCCGCAGAUGGCCGCGCUCGCGGGGCGCAUCAUGGAGGAGCUGCACGCGACCGUGACGGAUUUCGUCAAGCUGCGGGACCGCUACGGCAUCGUCGAGGAGGCGGCGGCCAAGAGCGGGCUGGCGAGGGGGGAGAGGGAGGCGCGCGAGCGAGACGGCGGCAAGGAGAGGGGGUGGCGGAAGGAGUUGACGCUGCGGGCCAAAUGGGUCAUUGCUGACUUCAACGAUGGCCUCGACCAGCUCUUCCCGCCGUCUCGCCUGCCAUCCCUCCACCGCGCGUGGCGCCACUCGCUCCUCGACCACGCCCAGCGCGACGUGGCCGAGCUCGCCCUCCUCGCCUCGUCCGCCGAGGACUCGUACCCGCAGCUCCGCGCCUCGGCCGCCCUCAAGAAGCUGCGCAUCAACCUCGACCUCACGCCCCAGGCCCAGUUCCGCCCGACCUUUGCCUUUCGCGUCGCGCGCGCCGACCUGACGCUGGACGCGGACGCGAGCCCGUCGGCCCAGAGAGGGCCUUCGACGCCCGGCAGCGCCCCGAGGUCGACGCCCGGCACCGACGCGCGCGUCGCCGGCCGCCACAGCGCCCACGGCCCCGUCCUCGUCGAGUGGGUCGAGUACGACCGCGAGGACCCGGACGAGCGCUUCCUGCACCUCCGCCGCCUCGACGACCUCGCCCGCAUGCUGCGCUCCGCCUCGGCCCGCCACCCGGACCUGCACACCCCCGACUGCGUCGGCUACGUCGACGACGCGCCCGCCCACCCGCGCUACGGCCUCGUCUACAAGCUGCCGCCCGCCUCCUGCCCCUCGGCCUCCCUGGCCGAUGAAGCUGACGCCGACGCCGCGGACCCCGCCCACACCUCCCUCCACGCCCUCAUCGCCGGGCCCCUCCGCACCCCCGACCUCACGGCCCGCAUCGACCUCGCCCGGACCCUCGCCGUGGCCCUCUGGUCCCUCCACUCGCUCGACUGGCUGCACAAGUCCCUCUGCAGCGCCAACAUUCUCUUCAUCCGCCCCGCGGCCUCGCCGUCGUCGUCUUUGCAAAAGGACCCCGCGUCCUCGCAGAAGGACGCCUCGUCCCUCGCGGCGCAGGUCCCCUGCAUCGAAGCCCCCCACCUCGUCGGCUUCGACGCCUCCCGCCCAGAUCUCGACCCCGAAAUGUCCGUCAACCCGCGCAACCCCAGCAUCGUCAACCUCUACCGCGACCCGCGCGUCUCCUCCUUCGGCAGCGGCAGCGGCAGCGGCAGCAAAAACAGCAGCAGCAAAAACAGCAGCAGCAACGACAGCAGCAGCACCAACUGCCCCCGCCAACCCUACCGCAAGAGCCACGACAUCUACAGCCUCGGCCUCGUGCUGCUCGAGAUUGGCUGGUGGAAGGUCCUCAGCACCUACUACAAGCCGCACUACUCGGCCGAGCGGUGGCGCGACAAGGUCGUGCUGCCCGUCCUCGUGCCGGGCCUCGCGUCCAAGACGGGACGCCUGUACCGGGACGUCGUCGAGAGGUGUCUGACCGUGCACGAGGACAUGUCGUCGAGCGAGGCCGGCGAGGUCAUGGAGUGGGUUGUUGCUACGUUGGAGAGCAUCAGGACAUGA